GGUGCAGUUUGGGAUUGAGCCUAGGGAACAGCGGUGUCGCCUCUGUUCACCAGUACCACUGCUUCCGUCCAACUGUGAUUGGUUCUCUGCAGCGUGAUGUCGCUUGGACCUCAGUUCCUCGGAGUGUUUUGAUGUCCCUCUGCAGCUCCUGUGUUGUCAGAGUGAUCUCGGGCACGCCGGGCUGGUGCGGAGCAUUGCUUGCAAUCUUUCACCGCACCGAGGCUCCGCAAUCGGAUCCCGCACAAGGGCAGUGGAAGAAAUUGUCAGCAGCAUUCACUGCAGACCUCUGCAGAGGUUUACCAACUGCUGGGCUCCUGUUCCCGAGACCUUUAACUGUGCCCAAGCUGCUUUCAAAUUUGCACUGACUCCUAAUUUACUUUGGACUUUUGAGUUAAUCUGUGACUGCUGUGAAGUUUCUUUGCCGUAAUGAUGAAUCGCAAAGGAAUGGUGGUCAAGAUUUUAUCCCGAAUACGGACCGACUCUUUCAACAGUAACUACACGCUGCUGGGGAAAGAGCUGGGGAGGGGAAAGUUUGCAGUCGUCAAGAAAUGCUUGGAAAAUGCCUCUGGAAAGGAAUACGCAGCCAAGUUCUUACGGAAACGGAGGAAGGGUCAAGAUUGCCGCAUGGACAUUAUCAAUGAAAUUGCAAUCCUUGAGAUAGCAAAAAGUAACUCUCAUGUGGUAGACUUGCAUGAAGUGUAUGAGACGACCUCGGAAAUCAUCCUGGUGCUGGAAUAUGCUGCAGGUGGAGAGAUCUUUAACCAGUGCGUUGCUGAUGGAGAUGAGGCCUUUAAAGAGAAAGAUGUCAUCCGCCUUGUGCGUCAGAUUCUGGAUGGAGUUGCCUAUCUGCAUGGGAAGAAUAUUGUUCAUCUGGACAUCAAGCCACAGAAUAUUUUGCUUACUAGUUGCAAUCCACUGGGCAACAUUCGGAUUGUUGACUUUGGCCUGUCCAGGAGGGUGGAUAGCAUUGAAGAGAUCAAGGAAAUUACUGGGACUCCAGAAUACGUAGCUCCUGAAAUACUAAAUUAUGAAGCAAUCAGCACAGCAACAGAUAUGUGGAGUAUCGGUGUGUUGGUUUAUGUCAUGCUGACAGGUAUUUCACCUUUCCUUGGAGAUGACAAACAAUCCACGUACCUCAACAUUUCCAAAGUAGACAUUGAUUAUUCAGAGGAUAUCUUUGAUGGCAUCUCUGAUUUGGCUAUAAAUUUCAUUCAGACUCUCCUUAUUAAAGACCCCAGGAAAAGGGCAAAAGCUGAACAGUGUCUCAACCACCCGUGGCUUUCCACUGAAGCAGAGGUGACAAAACCCAUAACCGAGUCAGAGGAGGAACAAUCAGAGUCUGAGCCCAACAGUCCUGAUUCAGAAGAACUGGUGCUAAUGGCCUCCUACACACUAUGUCAGCAGUUAGACAAGGACGUUGAAAUUGAGCGGACGGCAGUGCACAAACAGUUCAAAUUCAAGGAACCCUUCACAACGUUGCGGGAUUUUCUGAGUGCUUAACAUGCAUUGGUUUGCUGAUGUGCUGUUUUCAAACUAGCUACACAGAGCACCAAUUUUGCUGUUGCUCAGAGUGACAUAUGGCUGAAUGCUCUGCAGGCUUUCAUUACCUUGGACAAUUAACUUUUUAUUGGGCACAAGCCUGGUGUAAUAUAAAGCAAAUAGCCUGAAUUGAGCACGUGGUUUUAAGGUGAAAAGUAUAGCCUUUUUCUGGGGAAGUGGUGCCCUCUUAAGCCUAGUGAUCAAGUUGAGAGAUUGGUACAGGGAAAUCCUAGUUAAAGCCACAACAGCUUUGCCAGUCGGAUCUGUGAAUUCAGUGUCAUGCCCUUAUCUACCAAUGCUAGGUAACUAUUUGCAGUGGUCAAAGCAGAGAAGACCUGUGCCAGAGAAGGUGUUUGAAGUGACAAUCUGGUGUUGGGCUGACUUUUUCACCGUCUCCUGGCAACUAGGUGCUGCCGCUCAGUAAUUUUUAAUUUAAAAAAAAGGCACUUAAUUAAGCAAAAGAAAAUCUUGCAUUACUUUUGAGUGUAAUUUGACUAUUUGAUGGAAGGUGCCUCUUUUUACAGUGUAACUGGAGAAUGCGCUCUAUGCUGACAAGCAAGAGCUCCAACAGUCCCUACUGUACCCCACUCUCCAGGUCUGUUUUUAUACUUUCCCUCUUCCUAAAUAGAAAGGGAAAUAAUGUGUUGUAUUUAAGACUGCUCAUUUUUUUUAAAAAAAGAGCAAAGGUUGGAUUUGAUUUUAAAAAGAAGAUCAUUGUUGCUACUAGGUACGCUGCUUAUAAUUUCAAGGCUUACAAUAAUAGUGCUGCAUGCUUUGUGCGGUAUUCAGUUCCACUUCAAUUCAUAUUCAGUUCAGUUCCAUUAUAAAGUCUGAUUACUUUGUCCCUGCAAUUAUAAAAUACAGAGCCAUAGCUCUUUUUAUUGCAUUAGGAAGGAAUUCUAGAGGAUCCAAAGUAAGAUCAAUGGGGUCUAAAAUUCAAGUAAUGAAGUUAAAUAAUAAUUGCAGUUCCAUGGCUACAGGAUAUCUAUGCAAAUUUCCUUGUAAAGCGAUAUUGGAAUGUGCUGAGCUGCAAUGAAAUAAUGGCACAUAAAGCAUUAGUGCAUAUUUUAUUGUUUUUUUCUUAGGCCUAGGGAAAAGGUGUGCCUUUUUUCUCUUAUUUAUUGUAUCCUGAUGGUUAAAAUAACCAUUAUUGAAAGAUUUUUGUCAGGGACUAGAAUGUGUUUUUUUUUCUCUCUAAAGAAUACUCCAGAACUAUAUUAGCAUUGUUAUUCUAGGAAUUUGACAUUUAUCUUGGUUACCAGCUUGUGGUAACUCACUUCCUCGCAGACCUCACUUCCUCCUGCUAUCAAUUAUGCACACACACAUUGUGGACCCAGUGACUGUGAGGCAUGCAUCAGGUAUGUUCAGGUGUUGGAAGUGUGUGGAUUUUGAGAUUGUUCAGCAUCAUCUUGAACCAGGUGAAUGACUGGGCUAGAAGGGUUUCAGUGAGCACCUGUGGGGCUCAUGUAGCAGAUAUGUAAACUGUCACUUUAUUUUAGUCACUGAAGCAAGGUAAAGUAAUUACAAGCAAGUUGCUGUCGGAUAGUGAGAGAUCCACUUUGUACCAUGGACUGCCUAAGCUUUUAACAAAUGAAUGAGUCACAGUUAUAAGACUGGGCCAAUGAUGUACUGUUGUUCACUUUAUUUGAGGCAUAAUUAUUCAAGGGCUAAGGUGUCAGCAGCAAUGCUUUCUGAGUAUUGUUUAAUUAUGACCUCAUUUGCACAUUCAAAGUGAGCAUUCUAGGAGGGAGGAGUGGAUGGAUAAUUUUUUAGGAAACAAAACACUUUUUUCAACAGUUAAACAGCGAGUAUUGUCUGCAUGAUUUUUCCCUUCAACAACAAGCUGUAAAAAGUAUUGAGGCAUUGAUUGCGUAUUUAAUUUCUAUUGCACAGAAGUCUUUUCCACAAAGCGCAAGUGAGGAGUCUUUCAUUCAGCUGUCCUGUUGUAAAUCAGAACUGAAAUAUUUGAAAUUGAGAUAUGGAAUUUUCCAUUGUAUUAUAUUUUCAAUGGUUGAAAAGAAUUAUCAAAUUAUUUAGACAUGUUCUUCAGGCAGAGACCAUUAAGUCAUUUGUGGCAACUGCAUUGAACUGAUAAGGAUGCAUUUUGUUUGAAGUUUCGGGUGACUACUUUAAAGCAAUCUGAUGGUUAUUCAGUACAAUUGCAGGAGUUUUCAGCAAUGGCUAUUUUCCAGCAGAUCACAUCCCCUUAUUUGCCAGAGUGCAAAAGCAACCAGCAGAUUCUCUGCAGGUCUUGGUGUGUGAAAUGAAAGGUCCAAGUACUGCUUUAGUGCCUCUCUGCAAUACCACACCGAGACAAUUUUAGGAAGGAAUUACUCAUAGAUACAACUUUCACAGGAUAUUAAAAUGUAUUAUUAUUGACUGAGGACAAUUGAGGCCUAGAUUUACAUGUAUCAAAAAAAAGCUCCUGCAAUAUUGGCAAAACAAGUUGAGGGAGGUUGCUUAUCUUAAAAUAAAACUGCCAAAACCAGUUGUUUACUGAUGCCACUUAUUUUAUUUGUUGAAGGCAUUUGCCUUGUGUUAUUCUAAUAGUCAUUAUUCUGUUUAUUUUAAAUAGAUUAAUGAUAAAAUAGCAAAGAAGUCUUCUAAUCAGAAGUAAUGAAUGUUAAUGCAGCUUCAGAAUAUUAUUUGAACUCUUAUCAUAUGGACACUUAACACAGUCAUAUCAAAUGCCCCUCUCCUCAGUGUUGUUAAGCCAAUUGGACAUUUAAACAAACAAAAAUAUACUUAAUUCUUCAGGUUCCAACAGCAGAGAAAAUAGAUUGUUAUCAAGAGCAGAAGAAUAGGCAAGGCCAGUUAAAUGUGUCCAGGCUGUUGAUCACAACAGUAUAUGGUUCAGAGAAGUCAAGAAAAGAUGUCUUAAAAUGAACAAGUCUUACAAUAUGCACACCAACUCAAACCACCAAAAGGAGGACCAAUUUGGAGGUUAAAAAGACCAGCAAUGAUUGUUAGAUCCAUUGCUUGAGUCAUUUGAUUAGAAGGAAAUAUUUCUUCUGUAAUGGAGAAGUGUAACAUUUAUGCUCAACAACCUGAUUGUUCUACAUAAACAAAGUUCACAAUUAACUACUGAAAGUCCAUAGGAUGGUUGGUAAUUCCUUGGUGUAGAAAGUUUGUUGGACCAAAUCUUUGAACUGUAAUAAUUGUAUUAUAAUUAUUUCCUUUAAAUUGCUGUCAACUUUGUUAUCAGCACCUCCACAAAUAAUAUAAUGUACAGUUUCUUUAUGCAAUAGUCUUGAUAGCCAAAACUGAUGACAAAGGUACUGUUUGAUGUUUUUCAUGUAAUGUGUCAAUUUUUUUUUACAAUAAAAUAUUAUUCAAGUCCA